AAAAAAGAACAGGCUAAUGUCCUUGCAGUACAUGUGAAAUGUAUCCUCUGAAAAUCACUGGUCACCAGUUCAGCUAAUGUGAAAAUAUUGACUAGACCUGUGUAGCUUCUAAUAUUUCCCCCUUCUUAUUCACUUUUUUUUGUUUAAAACUUGAACCUUGGAUGGAAGUUAAUUUUAAAUCUUUUCAUGUAAAGAAGACUGUUUCAUUUUAUUCUGUGAAGAAACACCGUGCAGGAUAAGACAUUUUGUAAUUUCCAACUUUCAAUUUCUGCUUCGAAAAGCUGUGAGAUCUAUUUCAGCAGUCCAAGCACGAUACUGCUUAUUAGGUUUGCACAUCUGCAUAUUUAAAAUGCUGAUUUUUUUUUUUUGUUCUUUAAAGGGCACUGACUUCAAGGCCGAACAUUGUCUAAAUUGUAAUUUUACCAUUAGCAGUAUUUUGAUUGACAGUUAUCCUUUGUUCAAAGUGGAACCAGACUGCAAGCGUAUUUACAGGACUCAUUCAUGAUUUUCUAUCCUUCCCAUCCCCCACAGCCCCUCGGUGUCUGCUGUUAGAUACAGACCCGUACAGGUGCUUCGGUGUCUGUAGCUUUUUUAAGCUUUGCAAUCCACCUUGCCUCAGUCAUUGAUGUUUAAACUGAAAGCUUUUACAUUUUGAGCAGUUUCUUGAGAGAGGGGGAAAACAUGCAUUUUUUUUUUUCGGUUCAAAAAUUGCAUCGUGCGUUCACGUUUCAAAACUAUUGCGUCUUGUCUUGAGCAAUCGUCUUUUAGAUCAAGUGGAUUUGUUGUUAUUGCAGUAGGUUUCUGCUGGAAAGUCUUUUGUUAUCCAGCACUAGUUUGGAAACGAACAGCCUCGGGGAAGAUGAAACACUUGAAAUGUUUAGGACUGGUGUCAAUCCGUGUUAGCAAAAUGAUGAGCACCAAACAGACUACACGUUUGCUGGAAUAACAAGGAAGCUUAUGAUCCAUUGAUUUGUUGCUGCUCUGAGAUUCGGGGAGUCUCAGCAGUCUGCUCUGAUGUCCCUGGGGAACCAGACAUCCUUUUGGGCUGCAAGCUGUUUCUAUGGGAACAGAAACUAUAGAUGCAAUACUUUUUUUAAAAUCUUUUUCUAUUUAUAAACUAAUUUCUGCAGUGUGUAAUUAAUCCUUUUACAUUUCUCUUGCCCCUCCCCACUCUCUCUCCUUCUAGAAGAACAAUUGCAGUGUUUCAAAGCUUCAGCUGUGGGUAGAUUUGCAUUCUCUUGUGCCUGUGAUGGAUUUUCUCCCUCUGUCUUAUUAAAAAAAAGAGUGCACAAUGAAAGCCAUUCACACGAUUGAGAAGCUAACAGACAACAUCACGGAGAAGUGCUUCCUGCCUUGUGUGGGGAAGGCGGCCGAGCUGCUAGCUCACAGACCAGGCAAGGGGGCGAGCUGCACUGAGCAUGUCUCAGAGGAGGGGACCACAUUAUGCAAAGAGACUGCAACAGCAGAUGGGAGAAUCUCCAACACCGAGCUCGCGUUUGUUCUCUCCGCAUCCCCGGGCGCAGCAGCAGAUGCUGGAGGCUGCAGGCGGGACGUCGGGCAUGGCUUGAGGGCGAAGGGCUGCUGGCCAUUCGCUAACAUGGGCAACCAGGACGGCAAGCUGAGGAAGGCGGCGGCGGCGGCGGGAGCUGGGGACGGCCAGGAAUGGGCGGAGGAUGCUCUCUCCCGGGAUGCUGCGGAGAGCGCCAAGGGCAGGAAAUCUCACCCCAAGCACGGCAAGGGGGGCGAGGGCAGGAAGAAGAAAUCCGAGUCCUCCCGCUCGGUCUUCUCCAUCAGGAAGAGAAAAGCCCCGGCCCGGGGUAAAAAUGAGGCCUGCGGCUCCCGGGAUGAUGCUGAUGCUGAGGGGCUGGCCAGGCGGGCCCUUGCGAGCGAGGAGCUGGACAGCGUCCACUCGGCGACAAAGACUCCGGACAUCAGCAUCUCUGCGGAUGAUGAAGGGGGGCUGACCGACACCGAGGCCGAGCAGCUGGACAUCCGGGCCGGGGAGAGCUUGCGGGCGGGCUCCCUGCUCCGGGACGCCGGGCAGCGGGGGCUGCUGAGCUCCAGCUCGGACACGGACGGCUACAGCUUCCACUCGGCGGCGGAACACGAGGACCUGCUGUCGGACAUCCAGCACGCCAUCGGGCUGCAGCUCAGCCCCUUCCCGGCGGAGAGGCAGCCCCCGCGGGGGCUGGAGGAACCAUCAGAGGCUGUUGCUAGUCCGCGCCCAGGUGGAGAGGAUGCUGCCGCCGCCGCCAGGGGGCGUGGCUCUUCCCCGGGCCUCUCCCCUGUUCAGAGCCUCGGGGGAGAUGCGGAGAGGCAGAGGAGGGUUUCCAUGGAAACUGCUUCCGAGGUACCGGCAGCUCCUGCCUCUAUCAAUGGAGUAGAGCAUCCUCCAGCCUGCCCCACAGAUGGGUCCACUUCAGCCUUGACAGAUGCUGAUCAGAGCGAGCUUCAGGAGGAGGAUGGAGGCGACCUGCUGCCAUCUGAUGCUGAAGUCUUCCUUGACGCCAUCCAUAGUGCCCGCCGCAUCCUCUUCCCCACCCCGAGCACUGACGCAUUCCGGCAACACAAACCCUUCCCGGGCUCCUCACCGGCUGCAGUCAGGCCGUACCCACCGGUCAAUGCCAUCUUCGUGAGGACCACCACCAGGCAACUGAGUUCCCCAAGUCACUCGCCCUCCGCGUCCCCAUCGCAGAGUCCCUUGUUCCAGAGGCGCCGUCGAGCCGCUGACCUGAAGCGGAGCAGCGGCCAGCGCCGGCAGCAGAGGCUGCCCAGUGCCAGGGGUUCACUCAGCCGCUCCGCUGAUUGGACUGAGGAGGUGAAACCACGCAGGGAAGGGGCUAUCAAGAAGGCAGGCUCCGUGGAUACUUUACAACAGUCCGAAUCCCCUGCAAUUCCAUUUGUGGGACCUGUAAAGAGACCUUCUCUCUCUGCCAGCAGCUACCCUGAGAUCUUCACUGGGAGAACCUUGUUGGAGAAGCUUUUUGGACAGCAGGAGAAAGUGCAGCUUGAUGGUGAGCAUGAAGCAGAGAAACUUUGCUCUCGUAUUCUGGCCAUGGGUUUGCUCCUUCCAUUCGGGGACUGCUUCAGGGAACAAUUUUGUGGAGAUAUGCCACCACCCGCCACCAAGUUUGAUGGAGCAGUAGAUGUGGGGGAUAAAAUGCAAGGCCAAACUGAACAAUCCUCCUGUAAAGCGAUGAGCAACAGCCUGAGUUUGGCUAAUAUCCUGAGCACUGCAUUGGAAACAGCAGAAAAAACUACAGUAAGUUCCUGCUUAGCUGAGAAAACGGACAAAGCCUCUUCAAGACCUCCUGGUUUUCUGUCGGAGCAAAGGCAAGCAGCUGAAGUAACUGCGUUGCAACACUUGGUCUCUACAGAGUGGUUAAAAGCGUGGGACCAGGAAUCGAGCAACAACAAUGAAGGUGGUGAUGUUUAUGAGGGGAUAAAUGGGGUGGUGGUUUGCAGUAGUGGAAAUGGAAAUGCUUUAAUGAUGAGAGAGAAGAGUGUGAAGAGAGUGCAAAUGGGCCAGCCACCACCCAGUCUGAACUGCAGAGGCUGUGCCGGGAGUAUUUUUGGCUCUGCAUCAAUCGAUUAUUGUGAUCAGAUUGCAACUGAAACCGGUGUGGAAAAUGCUGAUGUGGUACCCAGAAGGAAUAGAUUUCUUGAUGACUGUAAUAAUAACUGGUCCUGUGAGACCUCCACUUCUGCUGCCUCAGAAGGAAAAGUUCCAGAGGUUUUCACAAACUUGCUGAUAGUGAGGAAGGACACUAAAGUAGGUGAGCGAGAAACUCUUUGUAAAAUGAAACAAGCAGAUCCUGACCUAGCUUUACUGAGGUUGAAGAGGACUGUGCGACGAAAAUGUAACGAAGCCUUAAUUGCCCACCAUGAUCUGCAGACCAAGGGAAGACCAGAGCCGGGUAGCAGUUUUGGGCAGCAAGACAAGCUGUACACGUGGGCAGCAGUCAGCCAACCGACCCAGUCACGAGACCACGUGGAAGGUCGCGUCCCUGGGAAAAUUCAGGCUGUGUGGCCACCUGCCAAACCCUGGACAGAGGGAAACCUGAAGUCUGCAGAAUCUGAGGAAAUAAAAGAGAAUCGCGAUGCUGUUCUAAGUUUGAAGAGAAUACAGAAAGAGGAACUACGCACUAUACAAAAAGAUAAUGAAGAAAAAACGCCAGAAUUGAAGGAGGAGCAGGUUGCUGUUAUCCAGAAACUUGAGCUCACAAUUGAACAGCUGAGGACCAAAAUAGCUGAACUGGAGAAGCAUUCUGCUUUGUUAGACCAGGAGAGGACUCUAAAGGACCAUGGAUCUGCUAGUGAGGAUGUAGUCUCAACAACUGCUUCUGACGUUUGUCCUCAAACAGAUGUGCAGAAUUUUCUUCUGCACAACUCUCAAACUUUCUACGUUGAUGCUAAAUCUGUACAGACUUCUCCUGCUGAAGAAUAUACAACUGAUCAAGUGCCUUUAUUUGAUAGCCAGUCAUCACAACCUCCAAGUCCAGACUGUAGGGUUUCUUUGUCUCAGGAUCAUUCUGUAUCUGGAGCUCUCUCACCGCCAAAAGCUCCAACGUAUCCACACAGUACUUUGUCACAACAGUUGGUGCCUCCUCCAAGUGAAACAUCCCUUUCAGUGUCUACUCCACCGGUUCAAAACAGUGCAGUGUUUUCACAGCAGUUUAUAUCCAAUCAAGGCUCUCUGUCUCUGUCUGACAGUGAAACUCUGCUAUCGUCACCGUCUGAUAGCUCGACUCUGCCUGCACUGAUCAGUUGUGAGCUUCCACCUUCACCACCAGAACCUGAAACUCUUCCCACUCCCCCUUUGCCAGGGUCAGCUUUACCCACACCCCCUCCACUACCCUCUUCUCCUCUCCAAGGAUCGGUGUUACCCCCUCCUCCACCCCCUCUGCCGGGGUCAGCCUUAUAUGCUCCCUCUCCUCCACCCCCUCUCCCAGGCUCGGAAUUACCCUCUCCCCCACCACCUCCACCUCUGCCUGGAUCNNNNACAGCCCCUCCUCCUCCUCCCCCUCCCCCAGCACCAUCCUUCCCUCCGCCAGGCUGUGGUUUUCUCCCGCCGCCUCUUCCGGCCGGAAUUUUUGCACUGGGAAUGACUAAAGAUAAAUUGCCAAGGAAAGUUCCAGUUGAUCCAACUCGCCCAAUGAAGCCUCUCUAUUGGUCAAGAAUUCAGCUGAGUAACAAAAGGGAAACGGAAACCUUGCCAAUUUGGGCAGCACUUGAAGAGCCCUCCAUUAAUAUCCAGGAGCUGGAAAAUUACUUUUCAAAAUCGGCUGUCAAGGAGAGGAAGAAGCCGAUUUUAGAUACCUACAGCAAAACAAAAACCAAACAGGUGGUGAAACUUCUGAGCAACAAGAGGUCACAAGCUGUUGGAAUUUUAAUGUCGAGUCUUCACUUGGAAAUGAAGGAUAUCCAGAAUGCUGUUCUGAACUUGGACAAUUCUGUGGUUGACCUGGAGACCCUUGAAGCCUUGUAUGAGAAUAGAGCACAGCAAGAAGAGUUGGAGAAAAUUGAAAAGCACAUCCAAAAGUCAUCUAAGGAUAAUGCCAAGCCCUUGGACAAGCCUGAGCAGUUUCUGUAUGAGCUGGCUCAAAUUGAAAAUUUUUCCGAACGAGUGUUUUGUAUCCUUUUCCAGUCCACUUUCUUGGAAAGUAUUGCUGCAAUUAACCGUAAGCUGGAAAUAAUGGAUAACUUAUGCAAGACACUCCAAACAAGUGCCAGUGUAAAGCAGGUGCUGGGUUUGAUUCUUGCUUUCGGAAACUAUAUGAAUGGAGGGAACAGAAGUCGUGGCCAAGCAGAUGGUUUUGGCUUAGAGAUCCUUCCAAAGCUCCGAGAUGUGAAGAGCAGUGAUAACAGCAUUAAUCUCCUGUUCUAUCUGGUUUCCUAUUAUUUGCGUAAUUUUGACAAGGAUGCAGGUACAGAACAAAGUGUCUUCCCCAUGCCAGAACCACAGGACUUGUUUCAAGCUUCCCAAAUGAAAUUUGAAGACUUUGAAAAGGACCUCCGUAAACAGAAAAAGGAUUUGAAAGUUUGCGAGACAAAAAUGGAAACAGUCUGCAGUCUUUCACCAGAAGCACAUCUACAGCCUUUUAAAGACAAAAUGGAAGAAUUCAUUAAUCAAGCUAAGAUUGAUCAAGAGGCUCAGGAAGCUUUCCUGUCGAGAACUCACAAAAGCUUCUUGGACACAGCAGCAUAUUUUAGCAUGAAGCCAAAGUCUGGAGAUAAAGAAGUCACUCCAAAUCACUUAUUUACCCUGUGGUAUGAGUUUUGCUCAGACUUCAAAGACUACUGGAGAAAGGAAAGCAAAGUUAUUCUUAAGGAAAAGAUCAAAGAAGCAGAAGCACAUGUACAUAGUCAAAAGAAAGAAAGGUCUUACUCUGUCAAGGAAAAAGUCAAAACUGGGAUGAAAGCAAAAGUGACCAUGAAAGACAAGCGCGUUAAUGAAACUUAUCCUUAGAAAUUAAAGAGUAGAUACGUAACAGCUUUCCCUUCAACUUUUCUGUUUGUAUCCAUGUAACAGCACAUAUCACACUCUUUUAUGUCCAUUACAUAGAGGAGAUGUUAUAACUUACAAUUUUAUUGAUGAUUUUCAGCCAUAUUACUGUACUACUCUUUACAUCUGUUAUUUAAAGGGCAUCUCAUUCACUGACUGCAUGCUCAAUAGAGAAGCAAAAUCUUCUGGGAAGUGUUUCAGAGCAAACUUCGGACCUGAGGGGAUGCUGGGAUUUUCAGGUCUUUAAUCAGUAGCUAAUGAGCUGAUGACUUGUUGAUGAGGACAACGCAAUCAGUGGUUGAAGUUGUUUGAUCCUUCCACUGGUAAUGUGUAUUUUACAUCAAAUAUAUAUAUAUAUAUAUAUCUAUAUUCCAGAACAGAAUUAAUGUAAUCGUUUGGACAGAUUCUGAAUUUUUGUCCAAAUGGAUAAACAUGAACAAUGCAUGAGAAAUAGAACAGUUAUUUUCUUAAAUAAUACUUUAUAACCCCUGACUUGCUGUACUCAACAAGGUAUAAGCAUGGGCAAAUUUCAUCGUGAAGGGAUAAUCAACUCAAUUAAAAGUUGCAAAUAUUUUGAAUUUGGUUAGGAUGAGCUGUGAAGGAGAUUACAGGUUGCCUGUGGUAGACAUUUCCUAAUAUUAAGGUGGAGCUUUGUCUGCUGGGGGUGAUUUUGGCACUGAAAUGCACUACUGUUCAGCUUUUACUAGGAUUAAGUUCUAAAGCUAUUAUAAUAACAUUUAUCUGUACACCUCAUAGUUUUUUGUGUUUUUAAUGUAAAUUUGGUGUCUUACUGCUGUUCAUAAGACAAGAUAUUAAAUUAUUUAAAUGUAGGUAUAUAACAGCAUGUCGACUUUAGAUUCUAUUGUGUCAGGAUAACUUAUAUUUGUAUAAUGCUGUAAGUUGACAAUAGUCUGUUAAAAUCGCCAAGUGCAAUACUGUAUUUAGUAUUUCUAUUUGGAGUUUCUUUCCACAACUGUUAAUUUAUAUAAAAUGUACUGUAGGUUUUUUCAGAUAAAUAAAAUUUGACUAAUA